AUGAAAUAUUAAGAUAAAACUAACCAUCUUAGCUUAAUAACAUAAACAGCUAACCUUCCCAAUAAAAAAAAGAUGAGAGAAGGGUUUUUUUUGAAUACGACAUAUAAUACUACAUAUCAAAAAUUGCUGAUCGAAAACCCCAUAAUUAAAUUACAUUAAUUCAUUAAAGUGGAUGAACUAUAAUAGUUGAAAUUAAGAAAAUAUAAAUCUUUAACUCCAGAUAAGGAACUUAUUUUCGGAUAUUUAAGUAUUUUAUUCCUUAUUAUAAAACAUAUAAGUUAUCUAAUUAGAAUAAAUGUAACUUUAAUUCGAUAUAGUGAAUCACAAGGAUUUUUCAAAGACUAUGAAUAUUGA